AUGACGCGUGGAUCAACGCUGGCACUCUUUGGCGCUAAUGUUCUAUGGACCGUGACGUAUGAUACGAUAUAUGCACACCAAGACAUCGCAGACGACGAGCAAGCCGGAGUCAAGGGAAUGGCACUUCGAUUUCGAAACUCAACAAAAGCACUUGCCAGUGUUCUGACCAUCGCAAAGCUGGUGUUGCUCACAUUCUGUGGAAUAUGUGCGGAGUUCAGUGUCAUUUAUUUCCUAGGCACGGUUGGUGGCGUGGCAGCCGCUAUGGUAUACUACAUCUGGGAUGUAGAUUUAGCCGAUUCUGAGAGCUGUGGGCAAUGGUUCCAUAAACAAUUCUUCCUCGUUGGGGCUGCUUUCAUGGCUGGACUGGCUGGAGAAUACUUCAACAGGCUAGCUGUUUAG